AAAGAUAGUCUGUGAUCAAAAGAAAAGAUGGCCGUCGUCGUUGUUGUGCCGGUGCAAAAUUGUGAACGAUAUUUGUGAUUUAUUAAUGUGAGACCAAUGUUUUUCCUUUAUAAUGUCAAAACAAGGAAAAAGAAAAAUUACUGUCGAGUUACCCAAGUCAAAAGACUUAUCAAAUAGACCAAGUGUGUUUGAGCGUCUCGGCACCAAGAAAUCUAGUGGUAAAAAAACAACUGAACAUUGUCGUCAGUGGGCGCAGCACGGUACUUGUGCUUUCGGAAAAAGUUGUAAAUUUGCUGCCACACACAUCCUCAUAAGUCCUUCGAAACAGAGAGCUGCAAAUAAAGACAAUGAGCAGAAAAAGGUAAAAGAUGAUGGCAAAAAUAGACUGCAUUCGACCGUCGUAGUGAGGUCGGGUCGUAGUCCAGAUGGAGAAAUAGAUAAUUGGGACCAAAAUGACCUGGAGUACGCCGACACAGAUGUUCUUGAAAAACGCAGACAGCAGCUUCAGCGUGAAUUAGAGAUUCAACUGAAGAUGGAUUCAAGCAAAGAUAUGAGGAAAGACAAAAAGAAAACUGUGUCCAGCUCAUCCUCCUCCAGGAGCUCCAGCUCCUCGAGUGUCACUUCCUCAUCUUCCGACGGCAGUUCGUCGUCCUCGUCUUCUGGGAGGGAAGCUAGAAGAAAAGGCAAAAAAGGAAAGUUGAAGAGAAAUUCCAGCUCAUCUUCUGAAGGUGAUGUGCCUUCUAAAAAAAAGUUUGUCAAAAGUGACUCCCUGAAAAGAGACAAAAGUGAAGUUAAAAAGGGUAAUGUUAAAAAAGAUGAUAAAUCUUUAAAAAAGAGUGACCCUAAAAAGAAAGCAUUGGCCAAAAGUGCUUUGGGUAAAAAGUCACUCUCACCUGGCAAGAAAUCUGGUGGUACACCUCCAAUAACCUCUAAAAGUAUUAUUAAAAAUGCAUCUAAGCAUGGUAAAUCUCCUGUUAGGAGAGAUAAAAAAAGUGUUUCCCCACAUUCCAGUAAAGAUCGCAUUAAAGAAAGAGACAGAGAUAAAGAAAGAGAAAAAGAGCGAGAGAAAGAGAAAGAACGCAUCAGAGUCAGAAGCCGAUCUCCCAGAAAGGCCAGGUCUAGAUCACCACGUCCCCAUGGGUCAAAUGCAAAAGAUGCUAGAAGUAAAGGCAGUAUAGAACCCAGAAGUAGUAGGCCAAUAUCGCCUAAGAAGCAGGUUCGGAAAGAUGAAAAAAAGAAAUCAGUAAGUCGUGAUAGAGCUCACAAUAAAGAAAGAUCUCUAGAAAGAAGGAAAGAUAAACAUGACGAAAAAGAUGCAAGGCAUGAUAGGAAAGAUAGGGUAGCAGAUAGAGGACGAGAUAGAACAAAAGAUACUAAGCGUGAGGAUAGUAAGAGACGAGGCAGAGAGAGAGGUCUUGGAAGAGGUGGAGCUGACAAAGGUUUAGAGAAGCCAAAUAAACCUAUGGAAAGACUUCUACCCAGACCUGAAGAAAGAUUAGCUGCACUUGCAGCUAUUUCUAAUAGGAACCUGGAUACAGACAAAAAUUCCACCAACUCUAAAGACCGCCAGGAUAGCCACUCAGAAAGAGGUGGACGUAAACAAGAUAGAGAAAGGGACAGGUCAAGUAAGAGAGACAGAAUUGAUAGCAUGGAUAGAGAUCCAGCUGAUUAUGAGAUGGGUAUGGACAGGCAGUACAGUCAUGGUCGUGGUGGAGAGCACUAUGAAAGGGGAGAUGAUAGGUAUGACGAUGGCCCAGGAGGGGAAGACCGGUCUCCAGUUUAUGGUAUGCAAGGCCGUGACAGACAUUACGAGCCUGGCUAUGAGAUGGCUGGUCCUCCAAGAGGUUACCCUGAGGAGGAAGAUCGUAUGUAUGGUUAUGACGAGCGUCGUCGGCGCGAUCAUUCCUGGGAGGGUCGCUCAGGGUCCAUGGAGCGGGAGCGCAGCUACAUGCAUCCACACAAGGAGUGGGACAAUGAGGACUAUCGCGCCGGCGGAGAUUGGGGCCGAGACCGACACUGGCCCAUGCAUGACCCCCAGAGGGGGGAGUGGGGUGACAAGGAGCCGGAGAUGGAAGGCUGGCAUCACCGAGGGCCGGGGCCGCAUCGUGGACGUCCGCACGGUAAAAAUGAGUAUAACCGAGGCGUGCGCAUGGACAGUCGUACAGACAACAAGCGUCGUCCGGCGCGCGCCGAAGCAGAGCCCGCGGCCAAGGAGACCCCGCCCCCCGCGCCCGCCCCCGCCGCGCCCGGCAAGGAGCCCGAGCCCGACGACCCCGUCCCGGACGAUCUGAGUGAAAUCAGCGACGACCCCGAUGAUAUACUUAAUAGGGAGGAUAUGGCCGAGCACCACGCCGACGAUGACAGGAAACUGGCUACAACUGCUGAAGAAAGCGCACCAAAUGUGGAAGCUGCAGAAAAUCAACCCACACAGGACACAGGUGCUGCUACGGAAGAAAAAGAUACCAAUGAAUCCAAGGAUGAGGAAGAUGCAGCAAACAUGGACUUUGAAGAGAUUUCUGAUGGGGAACUUGAGGAGGAGAGGACUAGAGCGGGGCUAGGCGACGCCCUCGGCGUGGACUGGGCGAGCCUAGUAGCGGACGUGCGGCGCCGCGAGCAGCCCGCUCCCAGCGGCGGCGCGCGCGACCGCUGGCGCCCCGAGCGGGUGUUAGCACGCCUCGGCGUCUCCGUGCACAUGGCUGGCGAGGACACGGUCAAGGCUAUACUGGAUAAGGCGGAGCCGAGUGAGGAUGAGGCGAAGAUCGAUGUGGAUGGGUUGCAUCCUGUUGCUGCUAUUCAGGUGGCAACGGAGAAGCGGAAGCGUCAGCGGGCGGUGCUGUUCGGGUCCGGGUGCGAGAUCACGCGGGCGCUGAGCGCGCGGCGCGACCUGGCGCUGCGGCGGCACCUGUGUCGCCUGCCGGCCGUGGAGCGCGCGCCGCCCGCCCGCCCCGCGCCGCUGCCGCAGCUGUUCCACGCCGCGCGCGCCCUACUGCUGCAGGGCUGACGAACCUAGCGCCCGGCCAGGCGCCCCCCGCCGCGGCGCCGACACUAAACGUGUUUACGGCUCAUGCGAUGUCUACAUGAUCGAUGGCAAUUCUUGGACUAAUUACUGGCGAUGAUGAAACAUGACUGAAGACAUCAUGAUUUAACGUUUUGAAAACGCUGCAAUGCCUAAUAAUUCAAGGAAUGGUUCGAUGCCUUUAAAUAUUAUUAUGAUGAUUUGGUUUCAAAGACCAUGAACGAAGUACAUUGAAAAGAUAACUAAUAAAUAUGAUCCCGCGUGAUCCAUGGCAGUAAAUAAUUUUACAAGGAGGACAUGUUAAUCAUGAAAGUAUCAAUUCUCAAGUGAUCAAACAGAUAAUAUUAAAACCCUGGUCAUGACUGUCAUGAUAUUUUGCGGCCAAACUUUCGUGCAAUAACGGAUUAAUUGAAAUGUCUAAAGGUGAGUCAGGAAUACUUGUGAUAGUGACGAUUUGUGGUUUGUUUAUCCGGAUUGUGAUCCAUACAUGAACUUGUCAAUGAAUAUCAAUAAGAUUGUUUCAAAAUAAUUAUUAUGUUUAAUGUGUGUUGCAAAAGUUAGGUUACUUAUAUCCUUUCAUUGAAGCACUGCCUAUGUGUGGGAUAGAGUUGUAUAAUUAAUGCACUUAAUUCAGUGGCUAUGCAUAACGAUUAUGUUAAUCUUCGAUCAUUGAAAUAAAUAUGUUUAAAAUAUA